UCGAAGGGGAGUGGCCUAAUGAGAUCUGAGAGAAUGGACCACAACUUCCCCCUCUUAGCUGUGAGGCUUUUUUUGUUUUUCUUUUGCUACUUUUAAGUCUUCACCAGAAAAAGAGAUCUCAACUGGGUCAUCUCGUGUUUUUGGACGCGGAAGAACCAUGGCCUCGUGGGGCAGGAGCCUGCUGCUGGCAGCCAUUCCUUUAUGGAUGACUUUGGGUCGAGCCGACGCUCUUGCUGAACCUGAGAUUUGCUACGUGCUGGAUGGUAUUCUGCUUUUGUACGGCAUCAUCCUGACAGCCCUCUACUGCAGACUCAAGAUCCGUAGUGCGAAGAAAUCUGUGAAGGGGAAUGAGAAGCAGGCUGUGGAAGAAGGCAUCUACACGGGUUUGACACCUCACGUCCAGGACACGUACGCCACAAUUGGCAUAAAGGAAUGACCAGGAAUUGAUUUUAAAAUCAUUAUUCAUGGCUUACUUUGGGCUGUAUUAAUUACGUCUUUUUAGUGUCUUUUUUGGUACAGGACAGGAAAUUUGCAAUGUUGUGCAAUUAAAAAAAAAAAAAAGAUAAUUUAAAUAAAAAAUAGAAAUUAGA